AAAAAAAACUAAAUGACAAAACGGAUUAGACAUUAGUCAAACCUUUAACCUGAUCUAAUUAGUUAGAAUAAUUAAAUUAAAUAAAUUCUACAUCGACACCGCGUUUUGUGUUUAUUAAAAUAUUUAAUUUAUUAUAUUCAAAUAUUCCGCGUCAUGGCUCCGACCUGUUCCGUGAAUUUACACGAAUGCUUGGAUUUGGUUACCCGGCUUUCACGGCAAGCGGGCAAGCUCAUUAGAACUCGUAUCAGACAAAAGAAAACAAUCGAGACCAAAGCUACCAGUAUUGAUUUUGUGACUGAAACAGACCAAGAAGUCGAGAAAAUGCUUAUCGAAGGAAUUAGACAAAAAUAUCCGACACACAAAUUCAUAGGAGAAGAAUCAUUUGCUGCGGGAAUUAAAGAAAAACUGACGAGCGAGCCGACAUGGGUCAUAGAUCCUGUAGAUGGCACGACCAAUUUCGUGCAUGGUUAUCCAAAUGUGUGCAUAUCAAUCGGUUUAGUCGUUGACUGUGAAGCUCAGCUGGGUGUUAUAUUCAAUCCGAUUUUGGACAUGUUUUUUAGAGCGAUCAAAGGCGAAGGCGCCUAUUUAAACGACGAACCAAUUACCGUUAGUAGUUCAAAGUGCUUAAGUGAUUCCUUGGUUUCGGUCGAGCAUGGUUCCAUUCGAACUGAUGAGUUUAGAAGCAUUGUCAGUCAUAAUAUUGGUUAUUUUGCCAAACACGCUCAUGGAAUUCGUUCGGGAGGAUCGGCUGCUUGGAAUCUGGCGAUGGUGGCCAAAGGCGCUUGCGAUUUGUACGUAGAGAUGGGUUUGCACGCUUGGGACAUGGCGGCCGGCAAUAUAAUAGUCAGAGAGGCGGGUGGUGUUGUUAUUGAUCCCGCAGGUGGCGAAUUCCAAUUGAUGAAUCGAAGAAUAUUAGCGGCGUCGUCAAAAGAACUCGCUAAUGAAAUACCUUCUAAUUUGAAACAAUACUAUCCCGAACACGAUUAAUAUAAAUAAUAGUGUUUAUAUAUAGUAUAAAGUAUGGGAACAUGAUAUUUGUUAUGUAUUUUUUCGUUGAAUUGUCUAGUCAAUUUAAACAAAUUUUAUUAUAAGUUAAACUAUUUAGGUUUAUAACAUGU